AAGAAAGUAUAGAAAUUAGUCCUAAUAUCAAAAUUCAUUUAAUGAAUGAUCUUUUUUGGCAAAAUCUUAAGCAUCUUCGUAACUUUUUAGAACCUUUUGUCAAAUUUAUUCACAAAUUAGAAGGAGACGUACCACUUUUAUCUGCAGAUUUUCUUAAGUUACGUCAACUAGAAACAACAAUAUGUAAUAAUGAUUAUGUUCCAACUACAGUAAUCAUGGAAAGUAUAAAAUUAGAUGUGCCAAUUGAAAGAGAGCUUAUACGUUUUGCUGGACCAGAGAAUAAAGACCAAGUUUUAGAAGAACUUUCAGAAUAUGUAGGAAAAACUGGUGGAUUUUCAGCUAAUUAUUUAUGGGGUUCGAUAAAAGAAAAACCAUAUAAUUGGUGGAAUUUGAAUCUUCAAAUUUUAUGUUCUUUAAAGUGGCCACUUUCAGUUAAAGAAUUAAGAAAUAGGGGCUAUUUAAUUGAAGACAACGUAAUUAAUUUAGAAUUAAAUGAAACCAACUCAGUUGAGGAAAAUAAUAUAGAUGAUUCUUUAUCUAAUAGUCCGUUAUAUAUAGAUAGUAUGGAUUAUGCUGACGAAAUUGACGAU